GAAGGUUGUAAAAUUAUAUUUAAUUUAGGCUAUUCAAAAGAAUAAUAUGGAAGGAGCAAGGAUACAUGCUGAAAAUGCUAUUAGGCAGAAAAAUCAAGCAUUAAAUUAUUUACGUAUGAGUGCAAGAGUUGAUGCUGUUGCUAGUAGAGUUCAAACUGCAGUUACUACGAAAAAAGUUACUCAAUCAAUGGCUGGAGUUGUGAAAUCUAUGGAUAGUGCAAUGAAAAGCAUGAAUUUAGAGAAAAUAUCUGCCCUCAUGGAUAAAUUUGAAAGACAGUUUGAAGAUUUAGAUGUACAGUCCUCUUAUAUGGAAAAUACUAUGAGUGCAACAACAACUGUUACUGUUCCACAAAAUGAUGUAGAAAAUCUAAUGCAACAAGUAGCAGAUGAAGCAGGUCUGGAAUUAAAUAUGGAAUUACCUAGAGGAGAAACUGGAUCUGUUGUAGCUUCUUCUGCUGCUUCAGCAGAACAGGAUGAACUUACUCAGAGACUUGCUAAACUACGUCAAACUUAAGAGUCCACAUUUGUUUUUGUUUGUAGAA